GUCUUUCCAUACGUUAUGAAAAUUACAUCUCUCUACUACUAAAAGGGAAUCCGUACCUCCUUUAGUUAGUACGCAUGCCACACCGAUCCCUCGAUCAAACAAUCUCCUCCCGUCUCUGGUUUUCCUGUUUUUUCAUCCAAAAAAUCAGGGCGAAAUCCAUAUUCCGUUACAUGUAUAUCUGUCAUCUCUCCCGAAGAAAAUCAGGGCAUAAUCCACUCGUUCCCAUUAACACGCGUUUCCCCUGAAAACCGGAACUCUUGAGAUGGGCGAUCCUGAGGGGAUCAAAAGGAGGAAGAGGAGCAACUUUCACCGCUGGCUGCAAUGGCCUUUGCGGCGCCGCCGACCGGGAGGACGAGCCCACGCCGAGAGCUGCGCGGGGGUGGUGCGCUGUGAGCGGCCAUUGGCCGCCGCUUCAGUAGUGCGCCAGGAGCCAUGGUUGCGCAUUGUCUGUGUGCGCCGGCUCGAACCGAGGAGUCGGCCGUGGCGAAGGGCCAAGAAAAAAAGGAGGAAGAGGAGAUGCCUGGUGGCGCACACAUCCAACGUCCCGGACAUCGUCCUCCCGCGACGUCCUCCUCCAAUCCCAAAUCCACUGGCUCCUCAAGGCCGAUGCCAAGGAAGACGAGGGUCAUGUGGCUGGCUACUGCUAGGGAUAGUAGGCAGUAGGUAAGUUUCUUUCUGAUUGGAAGUGUGAAGAUUGGGACGGCUAGUAGGGUGACCUGCGCAUUUGGGCCGCUAGAUUUACUGUGUAUUGUGCUAUUUAAUUAAGUCUUUAUGUAUUUAUCAUAUACUCUGCAGUUGUUGGCUUGGUACAGUACUAAACAAUGCAAAAUUUGCUAGAGUAAACGAAAGAGCCAGGCCUCACAUCGAUCCCGGGCCGUCGCCCGGGCCGCCGGGGUUCUCUCCGCCACUGAGUGGCCCGCCAUGCAGAAUUAUAGCUUUUGUACUAAUAUAUUGGUGUCUCCCUUGCAUUCUUCCAUUCUAUUGUUUAUAUUUUCACCAGUUCUGCAAAUAACUUCUCGUUUUACCAUCCGUGUCAUUGUUGGUGGUGAUAUAAUUUUCUAUUUUUCUGCAAAGACAUUCAUCCGGUCUUUCACAUAUAGUUCGCUUGUCCAUAAAAGGUCAUCAAGCAUCUACUUGGUCACUAAGCCACUCUCAUCACAAUCUGUACUUUUAUUUCCAAUUUUUCCAUUAACUUAUCUCUUUCUACACAUUGAAAUGACUUGUUGCUUUAGACCUUACUGUUGAAGUCGCAACAUCAUUUUCCUUUUGUUCAUA